UGAAGAAGCUGCAAAGAAAAAGAACAAAGAAACCGUGUGGGAAAGAACGAAGAGGACCGCUCCGGAGAAGAAUGAAGAAGCGGUGAUGGAAAAGAGCGAAGAAGCGGUGAUGGAAAAUAAGAACGAAGAAGAUGCAAUGGAAUGUCUUUUUGAAUGUGUAGGGGGCCCAGGCCACUAAUGUUUUUUAACUGGGGGGGCGGCUGGCCACCAAUGUUUUUUAUAACUUGUAUAGGAGGGCCCUGGCUAUCAGUAAGAUGGGUGGGCUCUUGUCUAUAGACACAAACCAUUACACACAUAUUAUGACUAAAGCAUACAUUACUUUUUCACAUAUAAUUUAUUUGUUUUAUGCUAAUUUCAUUCCAGAAGUGUUUUCUGCGCCAGACAUUAUAGUCAGCCCAGAUCCCGUUACUGAAGGUACAUUGAUGUCGCUGGAGUGUAAAACCCGAGUUACCCAACAGAAAACUCCUUCUUCUUCAGUGAAAUUACAGUUUGCUUUCUAUAGAGACAGCCGAGUAGUGCAACACUUCUCAUCAAUCAGUGGCUACCAAGUCUUUCCAGUUGAAAUGAAUCAUUCUGGGGAAUAUUCCUGUGAAGUGAGAACCUCUACCAACAGUAAAACUAAAAUGAGCAAAAUAUUAGCAAUUCGCAUACAAGAGCUAUUCUCCAUCCCAGAAAUAAAACUGAUCUCACACCCAGUGAUCCCCGGGGCAAAUCUGUCUAUAACAUGCAGCACAGUCAGCAAAUCUGUCGCAACUCAACCUCGAUUCAGAUUUUACAAAGACGAGAUCUUGGUGCAGAAUGAGAGUUUAUCCAAUAAUUAUUAUAUGAACUCAGUUCAGCUGAAGGAUUCUGGGAAUUAUUCCUGUGAUGCGCGUAUAUAUGACACAGUGAAGACAAGUAGUCAAGUCAGCGUCCAGGUACAAGGUGAGUGGGGAAGGUUCACCUUUUCUGAUCAUCCACUUGAAGCAUCGUCUUUCAGGCCCUACCAGAAUAUGUGUCAGCAUUUUACUUCAGAUGAUCUUUUUGUCUGGAAUUAUUCUUAUUGCAUGAUGGUAUCUGCUUGGAAGAAACAGAAGAUCCCCAAAAAAAUGCACAGAAACACACACAGUUUGACUGUAGCCUAAUGGCCCCCACGGUUCACGGUUUUAGCAAUUGUCCAGACAAACUCAUGAGUUAAUAGCUGUACGUUAAGUAGUUAAUGUAUGUGACUGAAACACGGUGCCAUUUAUUGCCCAACAUGGUGGCAUGAUACUACAUUUUCAAAAUGUUUUUGUAUAACCGAUCAUCUGCUACAUAUCUCUGUCUACCGAUUAAGUCUCCAUGUUGCUGUUUGAUCACUGCCAGCAAAUCCCAAAUGGUGGUGCUGGCCACCGAAUAAGGCUUGCAGUCACUUGGGGUUUGGGGCAAAAUGGAGGCCACUCAAGGUGAGAUUUGGGCAGGCUUGGACUGGCCAUCUGUAGAUUAUGGCAAAUGCCAGAGGGGCUACUGUAUAUUUGAAAUGCCAUGGCCUAUUUUGAAUCUCGGUCCAGGGUUGGAUUUGGGGAGUAUGUCUUCACACUUACCUAAGUAAGCCCUACUAUUGGUAGUGGUGUGCAGGUUAAGAAAUUCUUGACCCUCACCCAACUUUAACGCACCUGGCCUGGCCCACCGUUUCCCCUCUAUUUAUA